UUUUUAAUUUAAUUUAAGAGGUGCUUUGUUGCAGCGUUAAUUGAUUGUUACGAUAAUAUUACGUUUGUAGACAAGUGCGAUUUUUUUACGUAACUAGUGGUCUUGUAAUGUGAUACAACUUACAACACUCGUAUCGGGGGCACAGAAAACUGUUUACAAGCGGUUUACAUGAAUCAAAAUGGCGUCGCCCGCCAUCUUGUUAACGUGAGCACCUGGCGCCAUCUAGAAAUGUACGAUGCCGCGGAUCAAAUAUGCGACCAUCCUUCGGGUCCUGGUCAUCCUGGGGCUGUUCUGCGUGUGGCUGCAGAUCAUGGUGUCCAGCGGGCUGGAGACGGACGGAGAAGAGCUGAUGAACGGGAACGACACGUCGGAGCAGGUGCUGGCGCUGGUGCCACAGGAGCUUCAUAAAUAUCUAACCGUCCAUCCUAGGAACAAUACUGCAAACUCAACAGACCUGCCCAAGAACAUAACAGAGAUCCGCCGCGCCAUAAAACGAUACAACGACGCACAGACCAUCUACAAUGAGGACAUCUACGGCCCCGUGCUCAACGAUACCGUCAUUAUAGCCAUACAGGUCCACACGCGUCUGACCUACCUCCGCCACCUCAUCGUGUCCCUCGCGCAGGCGCGCGACAUCGAGCGCACGUUGCUCGUGUUCUCACACGAUUAUUAUGACGAGGAAAUCAAUAGUCUGGUGCGGACCAUCGACUUUACUAAAGUGAUGCAGAUUUUCUACCCCUUCUCCAUCCAAACGCAUCCAAACGAGUUCCCAGGCGUGGAUCCUAACGAUUGUCCGAGGGACGCUAAAUUCGAGCAAGCGAUAAAGCUAAAAUGCAACAACGCGCUGCACCCAGAUCUGCACGGGCACUACCGGGAAGCCAAGUACACUCAGACCAAACACCACUGGUGGUGGAAAGCCAACAGGAUCUUCAACCAGCUGCAGUGCACAGCUUCCCACACAGGCAUGGUGGUUUUCCUGGAAGAAGAUCACUACGUGGCCGAGGACUUCCUGCACGUCCUAAACCUCAUGAGGACUACGGCCGACAAGACGUGCCCUCAGUGCGAGCUACUCUCACUAGGAACAUAUCUCAAGACUUAUCAGUACCAUGCCACGGCAGACAAGCGAAAGAAGCAGCUGACUCUGUCGUACAUCCAGCAAGUGCGGGCAGCUAAUGAGGAGCGACGGAGACGGAAGAUGGACUCGACGAGCUGGAACUACCAGGUGUACCCGAAUUUGUACGGGUACACGCAAAAGGUUGAGAUCACACCGUGGCACUCGAGCAUCCACAACAUGGGUAUGGUCUUCAAUAGGACCGUGUGGAAUUCCAUCAUGGCUCGGCAGGAUCAGUUCUGUGAGUACGACGACUACAACUGGGACUACUCGUUGUUGCAUCUCUCUCAGAACAGAAAGGGACGGGAUAAGUUCAAGGUCAUGAUGUGCAAGGGCCCGAGGGUGUUCCAUAUUGGGGAGUGCGGCCUCCACCACAAGAAAUCCAACUGCAACGCUAAUCUAGUCAUCAGCAAGGUCCAGAAGCUCCUUCAGACCACGAAGCACCUGCUAUACCCCAAGAGAUUGACGGCAUCCAUUAACCCUGGCGGCGCCAAGCACAACAAGAAACUUGUGAAGGGAAAUGGGGGGUGGGGGGAUCGGAGAGAUCAAGAGAUGUGCACCAACAUGACCAAGGUAGACCGGCAGUUGAAGAGAUACGUGUAUUUUGCUUAAAUAUAGU